AAGGAUAAGCGCGCGCGCAGCAAAUUGCUCCAGCUACCCUGACAAGUGACAACAAUAUAUAGAGGAGUCCUACUUCGUCAACAUGUCUCCUGCCUUCACGAGCUGAGGGUCAUGGCUACAGUGGAGGUGCAGGGGCCAAUAAUGCAGCUCCUGCUGCUCCUCAUCCUUGCCCAGAUGAGCCUCACCGGCUCCAGCCCUCCGCCGGAUCCCGUAGCCUGCGCCCACGGCACCUCCAACUGCACCAUCAACAACGCAUAUGCCUCCUUCCCGGACCGCAGACCCUGCCACGCCGCCCGGGCCGCCUACCCACGCAGCGAGCAUGAGCUCGUCGCGGCCGUGGCGGCCGCGGUGGCUGCCAAGCGUAAGGUGAAGGUCGCCACCAGGUACUCCCACAGCUUCACCAAGCUGGCCUGCCCCGGCGGCAGCGACGGCGCCAUCAUCAGCACGCGGUGGCUCAACCGGACCGUGCGGGUCGACGCCAAGAAUCGGCUCAUCACGGUGGAGAGCGGCGUGCUCCUCAGGGAGCUCAUCCGUGCCGCCGCCUCGGCUGGGCUCUCGCUGCCAUACACGCCGUACUGGUUCGGCCUCACCGUCGGCGGCCUCCUGGCGACCGGCGCGCACGGCAGCUCGAUGUGGGGCAAGGGGGGCGCCGUGCACGAGUCCGUGGUGGCGCUGAGGAUCGUGACGCCGGCGCCGGCGAGCCGGGGCUUCGCCAUGGUGAGGGAGCUCGGCACCGGCCACCCGGACCUCGACGCGGCCAAAGUAUCUCUCGGAGUCCUCGGCGUCGUCUCUCAGGUUACUCUGGCUCUGCAGCCGCUGUUCAAGCGGUCGAUCUCGUUCCUGAAACGCGACGACUCGGACCUGGCGGAGCAAGUGGCCUCGUGGGGCCGCCUCCACGAAUUCGGGGACAUCACGUGGCUGCCGGAGGAGCGCAAGGUGAUCUACCGCCAGGACGACCGUGUCGACGUUUCGACGCCGGGCAACGGCCUCAACGACAACCUCGGCUUCCGGCCCUUGUCAGCUUCCGACCUCGUCGCCUCCAGGAUCCAAGAUGAAAAUCUGCAGAAGAACGGCUCAGACGCCGUCCUGUGCUCGGCGAACCGGGUUGCGCAGGCGUACCUGGAGAGCCGAGCAUUCGGCUACACCAACGACGGCGUCAACUUCACGGGGUACCCGGUGGUAGGGUACCAGCACCGGAUGCAGGCGUCCGGGUCAUGCCUCGAGACCAAGGACGACGGGCUCAAGACCGUGUGCUACUGGGACCCGCGCAUCCGGGGCACCUUCAUCUACAACACCGGCUUGAGCCUCCCGUUCUCCCGGGCACCCGCGUUCGUCGCCGACCUCAAGAGGCUGCGGGACCGCAACCCGCAGGCGUUCUGCGAGCUCGGCACCUCGGGCGUGCUCAUGCGCUACGUCAAGGCCUCCACCGCCUACCUCGGGAAGCCGGUGGACUCGGUCACCGUCGACAUUGACUACUUCCGGAGCCGCACGCCCGGCACGCCGCGGGCGCACGCCGACGUGAUCGACGAGCUGGAGCAGAUGGUGCUGCUCAAGUACGGCGGCGUCCCGCACUGGGGCAAGAACCGCAACUUCGUCUUCAACGGCGCCAUCGCCAAGUAUCCCAGGGCCGGCAAGUUCCUCGAGGUGAAGAAGAGGUACGAUCCGGAGGGGACGUUUUCGAGCGAGUGGAGCGAUCAGGUGCUGGGCAUCAAGGGAAACGCAAACAUAUUGGACAAGGGCUGCGCCAUGGAAGGGCUUUGUGUCUGCUCCGAUGACACGCACUGCGCGCCAGAGAAAGGCUACCACUGCCGGCCGGGGAAGGUGUACGCCGGAGCGAGGGUUUGUGCUCGUUGACGUCUCAAGUCUGAACCUGUAUGAAAUCGGGCAGGAGCAGGGCUGCUCGCUGAUCAACUUAUGUGCUUGCAUUGGCCCCUGUUACAAUAAAGCGUGCCAGCAGGGAGAUCAUCCCUGUAUCUCUAAAUAAAAAAGCCUGCAUUUGUGCUUGAUAACAGAACACGUACAGGGAAAUUAUCUCAAUUGGAAAUGUGGUAGGUAAUCCCUCCAUGGAUGA